UUUUAAAUGGAUGCUCAAUGUUGGGAUCGAGUAAGUAUUUGCUUUCUUCUUUUAAAAUUAGUCGAAGAGUCAAAAUUUCAACAUUAACUCUAGGCCCCAGCUUCUGAUUUAAAAUGGUGGAAUUUUAAACAAUUUGGAGGAUAAGGGGAUGACCAUAUCGUUACAGAAGUAGCAGGUGUUGGUAGUUGAGAAGCGAGAGGGAUAAAGAAUGAGCGAGAAAGAGAGAGAAGACAGAUUUGAAAGAAGAAUGCCUACUGAUCUGUUAUGGAAUUUUGAACGUUCAUUAUGUAGUUUCAGAUUUUGAUCAAUUCUGAAAGAGGAGAAGAGUAUAAUAAAGUAGUCUUGCGCACAGGUGACGGAAGUUUUUACCCGCCACAUGCUCGAUAAAUUGACUGUAAGAAGUUCCACUUCACACAACUGGAAAUCUUUUUGGAUUGGUGAAAAUCUCAGCUUAUGAUCAAAAGAGAUAUUACGUCACAAUGUUGGCGCAGAUUCAAGAACUGGCCCAUCAAUCACUGCUACUCCACACUUUCCUCAGACUUUGAGCACCAAAAUCUCAUCUCCCUGCUACAAUCCUGCGAUCAAAUCUGCCAAAGUGCUCAAAUUCACUGUUUGAUGCUCAAGACUGGUCUCGACCGAAUCCCAUUUCCACUGAGUAAGCUUCUCGCCCAAAUCUCUAUGCAGGAUAUCAGUUAUGCAGACUCCAUCUUCAAACAGAUAAAGACCCCCAACCUUUACAUGUUCAACACCAUGCUCCGAGGCCAUUCUGUCGGCAGUGAUCCCCAAAAUGGCCUCCUUUUGUUCAAUCGAAUGAGGGCUGAGAAUCACGGCUUCGAUCAAUUUACAUUCGUUUCGGUUCUGAAAUCUUGCUCCCGUUUGUUGGAGAUCCAGACCGGGCUUGGAGUUCAUACGUGUGUUUUGAAAUCUGGGUUCGGUUCGGUUUUGAAUGUGAUGAAUGCCCUUCUGCAUUUCUAUUGUGUUUGCGGCAAGACUGAAGACGCGCGCCAUCUGUUUGACGAUAUGGGUAUGAUGAAAGACCUGGUUUCGGGGAAUACCUUAAUGGGGGGAUAUCUUUGCGUGAAGGAAUAUGCUUUGGUUUUGGAUUUGUUUAAACUACUGUGCAGAGAUAGCUUUGGAGUCAGCGUGACUACUAUUCUGAGUGCUGUCUCAGCUGUGGGGCAAUUGUUGAAUGCAUCAAUGGGAGAGACUAUACAUGUGUUUUGCUUCAAGGUUGGUUUCUUGUCGAAUUUAAAUGUGGUUGCUGCUUUGAUUUCCAUGUACGGGAAGCACGGCUGCAUGCACUCUGCUCGUCGACUCUUUGAUGAAAUUGAUGUUAAAAGAGAUGUUGUGUUGUGGAACUGUUUAAUUGAUGGAUAUGCUAGAAGUGGUCUUCUUGAAGAAGCAGUGGAGUUGCUGAGAUUGAUCAAGGAUCACACUGUACGGCCUAAUUCUUCUACAAUGGCCGGGUUGCUCUCUGCUUGCUCCGCCUCCGGGGCUCUUGGAAUAGGCGAAUACGUGCAUGGUUAUGUUGAGGAGGAGAAGUUGCCAUUGGAUGCAGUUCUUGGCACAGCAAUAAUAGAUAUGUAUGCCAAAAGCGGGCUGCUUGAGAAGGCAGUCGAUGUUUUCGAUAGGUUGGAGUGUAAAGACGUCAAGAGUUGGACGGCUAUGAUCUCCGGUUGUGGAGUACACGGGCAAGCAGAUCAGGCGGUCACACUUUUUCAUAGAAUGGAGGAGGAGGGUAUUGUGCCUAAUGAAGUGACAUUUUUGACAGUUGUGAGUGCUUGUAGCCAUGGAGGUUUAGUGAGAGAAGGAUUGUGGUGUUUCAGGAGGAUGGUGGAAAUGUACAAAUUGAAGCCGAGGAUUGAGCACUAUGGUUGCAUGAUUGAUCUCUUGGGGCGUGCUGGCUUGCUGGAGGAAGCAUACGAGCUGAUCAAAGGAUUGCCAGUCGAGAGGGACGCCACUGCUUGGCGCGCAUUGCUUGGCGCGUGCAGAGUAUAUGGUAACGUCGAGUUAGCCGAGCACGUGAAGGACGAACUCCAAGGGAUUCAUGAAAAUCAUGCGGCUGAUUCACUCAGUCUUGCUGGUGCUUAUGCUGCUGCUGGGAUGGUAGCAGAUCAUAGAUAUGAAUUGGAGACUGCUAAGAAGGGAGCUGGAUAUAGCAAAAUUGAUUUACCAUUUUGAUUAUACUUUAUUAUUGCCUUGCCUAGUUUAUAACAAUAGUUCUAAGUAAACAGACUAGAGUUCAAAUUUUUGCAGAAUAAUAAUCGAUGGUAAUAUAUAAAGUUCAAUA